GGAGCUACAGGCUGGUGUAAAAUGAAUUUGAAGCGGAAUGAAAGUCGACAGUCUGAACCAUAACUUCAGAUACACUUCGUAAACGGCGACUGAUUGGAGCUCAGAAAAGGGCUCAAUCAUGACUCAUGGUGAUGACUGUACAACGGGAGAAGAUGGAGCUGAGGGAGACCAGCAGCACCAUCCUCUCAUUCUGGAAAGAGUGGAGAAGGAUACAGAAAAAAACUGGAAAACCGUUGUUUCCAAUCGGCUAAAGAAACACUGCUCGUGCACCUCAAAGAAAGCCAAGUCCAAAAUACUGGGCUUUGUCCCGAUUCUGAAAUGGCUGCCACAGUAUCAGCUCAGGGACUGGCUGCUGGGUGAUGUCAUGUCUGGAGUGAUUGUCGGAAUCCUAUUGGUCCCCCAGUCUAUAGCCUAUUCCUUAUUGGCUAGUCAGGACCCCGUUUAUGGUCUCUACACUUCGUUCUUCGCCUCCAUAAUCUAUGCCCUCUUAGGCACUUCCAGACACAUCUCAGUGGGGAUUUUUGCAGUACUCUGCCUGCUUGUGGGUCAGGUUGUGGAUAGGGAGUUAGCUUUGGCGGGAUACCUCACAGAGAGCAGCAGCAUCAGUGGUAACGACAGCACCGUCCUGCUGGCUGGCCAGGGGAAUAACAGCUAUGCGGUAGACUGUGACAGGAGCUGCUAUGCAAUCACUGUGGGAGCCACAGUUACGUUUACCGCUGGGGUUUAUCAGGUGCUGAUGGGUUUUUUACAGGUAGGCUUUGUCUCCGUCUACCUCUCCGACUCCCUUCUCAGCGGCUUCGCUACAGGAGCCUCCUUGACCAUCCUCACUUCCCAGUUCAAGUACCUUCUGGGCCUGAAGAUCCCCAGACCACAGGGCUGGUUCACUCUGUUCAAGACCUGGUACAGCGUGUUCACCAACCUGGGGAACACCAACAUUUGUGACCUGGUGACCAGUUUGGUGUGUUUGGUGGUACUGAUACCUACCAAGGAGCUCAAUGAUCGUUUCAAAUCCAAGUUAAAGGCUCCAAUUCCCUUUGAGCUCUUUGUGGUGAUAAUUGCUACACUGGCUUCUCAUUUUGGCCGUUUCAACACGGAGUAUGGGUCAGGUGUGGCUGGCGACAUCCCCACGGGCUUCCUCCCACCACAGAUGCCCUUAUGGUCUCUCAUCCCCAACGUGGCUGUCGAUGCUUUCUCGGUUGCUAUCGUGGGAUUCGUCAUCACAGUCUCGCUGUCAGAGAUGUUCGCCAAGAAGCACGGCUACAAAGUGGAUGCCAAUCAGGAGAUGUACGCCAUCGGCAUCUGCAACAUCCUGCCAUCGUUCUUCCACUGCUUCACCACCAGCGCGGCGCUGACUAAAACGCUUGUCAAGGAGUCGACAGGCUGCCAGACUCAGAUAUCGGGGCUGAUCAGCGCCCUCGUCCUGCUGCUGGUGCUGCUGGUCAUCGCACCAAUCUUCUAUUCCCUUCAGAAAUGUGUAUUAGCCGUCAUCAUCGUGGUAAACCUCCGUGGCGCUCUACAAAAGUUCACAGAUGUUCCCCGUAUGUGGCGCGCCAACCACGUCGAUACUUCCAUCUGGUUGAUCACCAUGGCGACAUCGGCGCUGGUUAACACAGAGCUGGGUCUCCUAGUUGGGGUUAUAGUGUCAGCCUUCUGCGUCCUGGGCCGAACCCAGCAAGCCCAGGUCCUGGAGCUGGGCCGGGCUCCGAACACGGAGCAUUAUGAAGACCUUUCUGCUUACCGCGGCCUUCAAACACAUCCUGGAGUGGCUGUUUUCAGAUACGAGGCACCGAUCUAUUACGCAAACCAGAGCUUGUUCAAAAAAUCUCUCUACAAGAGCGUAGGGCUCGACCCUCUGAAGGAGAAAACACGGCGCAUGAAGUUCAAGAGGAAGCAGAGCAAACAGCCAGAGGAGGUCCCAAAUAUGAAGUCAAAGGAGAAUGAGGUAGCAGGUAAAGAGGAUGGCGGACCUGAUGCGACUGUAACCUUGAUGCUCGACGAGAAAUCCGUCUGCAGAUUACACAGCUUAGUUAUGGACUGCAGCGCCAUCUUGUUUCUAGAUACUGCCGGAGUCAACGCUAUGAAGGAGGUCCGCAAAGAUUACGCAGAACUUGGGGUCAAGGUUGUCUUGGCCCAGUGUAAUACCUCAGUACUGGACGCUCUUGAAAGAGGAGGAUACUACCCUGACAAAAAAAAAGAAGGUGAUGGAGGGGAGAGCAAAAUGAUAUUCUUCACCAUUGAAGACGCCAUCCACUACGUCCAAAGCCUCUCUGUUCCCAACGGCAAUUAUGAUAGCAAAUGUUGAGAUUAUCUAUCUGGCCAAAUAUGUGUGUUUACAUGUGUGAAUUUACAUCUCACAUAGUAUAAAAGAAAAGUCUAUUGUUGCCAUUGUGCCUUGUAAAGUACAGCGUUUGCUGAACUCCCUCCUUAAAUAUUCAACACCUAUCCUAUGUAACUGCUGCAGAUAGUUCUUUAUGUGAUGCUGUUUUAGCAUGUUGAAUGCUAAAAGCAUCUCCUUUAUAGAAAUGGAGCAAAGGUAGAUAGUACUUAAAGUUAAAAGUUAAACUUCACAGCUAUUAUGAAGUCUGUAUUUCACUUUGUAUAUUUUCUCUUUGUUGCACACAGAUGCCCAAAUGACUUCAUGAACAUUCACCCACCAACGCUCAAUACAUAUGAAUUUCACUGAAAAUUUUAAAUUAACAUCCAACAUAGAGGUACAAUAGCUAUUCAUAUUAUUUCAAUAUUAAUGUAUCACACUUUGAUGCCCCUAAAAUUCAGUCACAUGCAUAGUUGCAGUGUAAUAAUUGUAUUCAAUAGCAAGUCAAAGGUUGGUGAAAAUGAUCCAAAGGUCAAUAUAGCGUGUGUGAAGAUUUUAUGAUAAGUAAUCGCACCGACUGGGAGGGGAGAAAGUUGUGUGUGUGUGCAAAAAAGUGAAAAAGUUUGACAUUGUGAAAUGCUGCUUUAAGGUGAACUCUGCUUGUUCAUUUUAGUUUCUGGUUAAUUCAGAAGCUCCAAAAGUUUGAAAUGUCUCGCUCUUAUGAGUUUAGUUUAUAGCCAUAUGCUAUCCUUAAAAUAUUUAUUUUGCAAAGAAAUAGUCAGAACGUACCUCAACAUGAAUGUAACUAAUAUUGAUCCAAAAUGUGUUUUUCUCUCAUAUCAACAAUAAUCAGGGGUAAAGUUUUUCCUGUGGGAAAGACUUUGUCAUGUUUACAAAGCCAUUAAGCAGUAAAUGGACCUUUCAUUUACAAAUGGAACAUAGUUGAGAAUGCCCUGCGGGGGCAGACAAACACCAAAGCUGAAAUUCAGUAGAAUUUUAUUUUAUAUUUCAUUUUACUGCCUACAUGUAUCUAAACUGCAGUGGUCUUUACAGAUGCCUAUAUAGUGCCUUUACUGUACAAACUAAUAUGCUGUGAAUGAUUGCAUAUCAGGUCAUUUGACAUAUGAAUGCACUUUUUUAUUGUUGUAACUGGACAACCCUUUUAUAUAUCUUUCUGCUCCUGAAAGCACAAUCAGCUCACAAUCCACAAUCUUCUUGUUGCCGUUGUGUUUUUGGUUAUGUUUUUGGAACAAAUCUCCGCAGCUUCGGAUUUGAAGCUGUGGUGUUGUUUUUUUACAACUCGACAGGCCUGUACUGAAUGUGUCACUAUGAUUUAGAAGUCUGUAAUGUUUGUCCUUGAUCCAUGUUUGCUGAGGGUGACAUUACCGACAUCAGAAAAACAUACCUCUGAAAAUAAGAGUUUUUCUAUUUAGGUCCAUUCAUUUCUAUUUUUGUGAUACCAGAAUAUUUAAAUACUGUCACAGGGGAUUGAGUCGGGUCUUCUGAGUCAACGGCAGACAAGAUUUUUCACACAGGUCUCACUGAAGCCUCCAGUGACAACUUAUUUUAAAAAUCAUAUUGAAAUGAAGAGUUUAUCACUUAAAAAACAAAGGGAUUAUUUCCAUUCUAUGUAUUUAUGUGAAAAUGAGAGUACAGUCUGGCAUGUAGUUUGAUCUUGAGUUUUUUCUCUUUCAUACAAGAAAUGGACAAUUAUAUCUUGUAAUGUUGUCUACAUUUGUGUUUGUAGCUUCAGUUGUUUCUGCAACAAAACACGGUGCGUUGAACUACCUAGUAACAUUACUUACUGAAUGUAGCACUUACAAAAACAGUUACAAGUUCACAUUAAAGAAGUUCUUCCAUACGGAAUUUCAUAUUAGAGUAGCCUUUUGCAGUACGGUAUGCAGUAGUUUUUCCUUGUUUUUUGUUUUGUUUUGUUUUGCCUUUUAACCAAAAAUGUAACUAUGCGCAAAAUAAUCUUUGUUAGUAGCUGCCUACUUGAGGUUUUGGGGUUAUGGUUCAGCUGUACCAUUUACUGUUUUCCUCCACAUGUUUAUGACACAGCCUUUGGACAAUUUUACAUUCCUAUUACAGAGUUUCACUAAAGAUUAAAACUACCUGUUGGUUGGAGCAAUCCUAGGUUCAGUAUGUAAAGUUAUCUCAUAAUUAAAAUCAUUACACUGUUAUAUAUUUCCAUAUAUAUAAAAUAUGAAAUGUGUCAGUAUAGUGCUCUUAACUGUUCAAAUAUAUUUCUUACAUUCUAUACUGAGUAUAGAUUUGAAUAUGAGCUCUAAUAUAUGCCAUAAUUAACUAGAAAUACCACCUUGGACUAGUCAAGUUGCAGUUUACAUCCAUGUCUGUCCAGACUCAUAAUAUUUGUAGUAAAUACUAAUAUAAUUUCCAGUGAGAAACAUGCUGUCUUCACUUAGAGACCAUUUGGAUAUGAAAUGUCAUCACUUCAUCAUUUUAUCCUAUUAGACAUAAUUUGUGUGAAACUUCAUUAUAAUUAUGAAUUUUUGAG